CUAAUAAUAUUUCAGAAUCGCUGGCAGAGUCUGCAGCAGCCUAUACUAAAGCAACAGCAAGGAAGUGUUUGUUAGCGAAGGUAGAAGUGAUUACCGGGGAGGAAGCUGAAAGUAACGUGUUACAGAUUCAGUGCAAGCUGUUUGUAUUUGAUAAAAACUCUCAGUCGUGGGUGGAGAGAGGUCGAGGACUUCUGAGACUCAACGAUAUGGCCUCAACAGAUGACGGAACAUUACAGUCUCGGCUGGUGAUGAGGACUCAGGGGAGUCUCAGGUUAAUCCUAAAUACCAAGCUCUGGGCUCAGAUGCAGAUCGACAAAGCCAGUGAGAAGAGUAUCCGGAUCACUGCCAUGGAUACGGAGGACCAGGGAGUUAAAGUUUUUCUUAUAUCAGCAAGCUCUAAAGAUACCGGGCAGCUGUUUGCUGCGUUACACCAUCGCAUCUUGGCCUUGCGGAGCAGAGUGGAGCAAGAGCAAGAAGUCAAGAGCGUAGCACCUGAGCCAGAGGUAACGCAAUCAAACGAGGAAGACAGUGAUGAUGAUGUCAUCGCGCCUUCAGGAGCAGUUGGCAGCG